CGUCUUUGGGAGAAUGUGAUCGUGAUCGGAUUAGGACUGAUUAGGAUGUGGGAGAGACGAAAGUUAAUGUGAGGUGUGAUGCGGCGGUGUGGUUCAUCGUAGCAUUUUUUCCCGUCGAGAACGUUGUUAAGAGGUUUCUGUAUUGUUUAGUUAACUUUAUAAGACUUAAUUAAGACUGAAUUAAUCGAAAAGAAUGGCUUUUAGAACAGCUAUAAUAUGUUUUUAUUUGUUUGGUAUGAGUUGGGUCACGUCUGCACAAAAUACUUCACAUAGUAACAAUACGGCAGAAUUUACAAAUCUGACAACGGUCCUCAAUUACAAUAAGGAUUUAUGCACAGAAGUAAGGCAGUUGUUUGUAAUGAAACAUAUAGGAAGUUCCGACCUAGUUCCAGAUCAGCAAAUCAAAGGAAAUGAUUUGGAAAUUUGUCCUUCUCCUAAAUCUUGUUGCACGAAUCAAAUGGUAGAAAGAUAUAUUGAAGCUGCUAAGAAAGAUUUUAGAAACAUGUUACAAACAUCCAGUUCUUAUUUAAAAACUUUGAUAGCUUCUAGUGCUACAAAAUUUCGGGGUAAGUACUAACACAUUUUGCAUUUAUCAAUAUCAAACAGUUGUAAUAUUUUCACANUUUACAAAAAAAUGGAUACUGUUGCCAGAGAACCAGUUGUUAAACUUUAUUCUGAUCUUCUUUCAUAUAUAAAUGGUCGUAAAAUAAAUCUUGAAGAACGUAUCUGGUCAUUUUUUGAUUCACUCUUUCCUCUUGUUUAUCAUCAUAGUAUAAAUCCUAAGUUAAAAGAUUUCAGUGAUGAUUAUAAAGAAUGCCUACGUCAAACUCAACAAGAGAUUAAACCUUUUGGUGAUAUUGCAAGGAAAGUCACAGAGCAAUUAACAAGAUCUUUUGAAGCAGCUCAUUUAUUUUUAGAAGCAAUGAAUCUGGGUGUUGAGGUAGCAAACAGUACAGAACAUUUGGAAAUAAAUUCAGAAUGUAGUAAAAGUUUGUUCCGUUUGACAUAUUGUGCUCACUGUCAUUCUUUAGUAGAUGCUAAACCUUGCAGUGGUUUCUGCCUCAAUGUUAUUCGAGGCUGUUUAGCAGGAGUAGCAGAACUAGAUCAGCCAUGGAACGGAUACAUCAUAGCACUGGAACGACUAACUUCAGGCAUGGUGGGUUCCUAUAACAUUGAAGAAACUCUCAGUACUUUAGAUACAAAAAUAUCUGAAGCUAUUAUGUAUGCAAUGGAAAAUGGACCAGAAUUAUCAAAAAAAGUAAAAGCGACAUGUGGUCAUCCACGUCGAGCAACUAGAGAAGUCAUAAGUGAAUCAGUACUUGAAAGUCCAAAGAAAAUAGUUGCAAUAAGAUCGACUGACACAAGUCUUUAUAUGAAAAUACAGACAUUUGUUCAUAAAUUAACUGAAACAAAAGGAUAUCAUAAUAAUUUAGCAGAUGCAAUGUGUAAUUAUGAUACUAUGGUUGGGAAAAGUGGUGAUACAUGCUGGAAUGGCAAUAGUCUUGGAGAAUAUUCAAAGACUAUUGCUGGAAUUGGCAUAUUUGCCCAGAAGCAUAAUCCAGAGAUCAAAUUUUCAUCAGCACAAGAUGUAGUAUUAUCUACUUUAAUAGAUAAAUUAAACCAUAUUAAACAGUUGUUGAACAGCAAAAUGACUUCUUUACCUCAAUCAGAUUCUUACACAAUGGAAGGAAGUGGUAGUGGGAGAUUAUGGGGAAAUAACAUUGGAGACGACGAAGACUACCAUGACGGCUCUGGUAGUGGAGAUUAUGAAGAUGCACGCGAAAGUGACUUUGAUUUUAAUGGUGGGAAUACCGACAAAGACAGUCGAAAAGAUCAAGAGAGGAAAAUGGAGCAUGGUAAAAGUCAUACUGGUGAUGGUGGCGGAGCGUCGUCUUACUUUAAUUUGUCCAGUGUGAUGAUGAUACUCUUGAUUGAAUGUAUUCUCCUUAAGUAUGCAGCACCUCAUUGACGUAAAGCCAAUUUAUAAAGCCAUAUAGGAGAGCUCAAUUCCUACACUGAUUGUACUGUUAUUGUUUUGUAAUGGUGCCAGGGUCCUUGACCAUUUCUACAAAGAGCAACUGCUCUUCCUUUUGGCAGUUACAAAUACUAUAAUAAUUAUUCUGCUAAUACUACAUUACUAUUCAAAUGCUUGUGUGGAAUUUAGAUGGGGAAAUGUUGGCUUCGGAAGAUAUGCCAGAAGGAAAGGUAACAGUCAUUUACAGGAUUAGCAAUUCAUUUGUCACUCAAUAGCAGAAAAAAGAAAAAUAGAUCUGCAUUGUGUUAUUUUCAAAAACAAAAAAAGGGGAAAAACUUUCGCAAGCAAUAUGUGUCCUGUUGCCAUCAUAAUAGUGCUGAAUGUUUGGUGGAAGAUUCAAGUCACAUAUUUUAUUUCUCUAACUAAAUUGUUUAUUUGUAACAAACAUAGCAAAUAUUUUUUAUUCUUUUGUCAAUUUUUAUCAAUCCUUAGAUGCAGGGUGACCAGAUACCUAUUUUCUAAAAAUUAUAUACAAGCACUUAAUUACAUAUUAUGCAUGUUAUAUUUCUAAUGAGAUUGUUUUAAAUACUCAUUUAUUUGUAUGAUCAUUAACCAUUUAGAUUAUUUCAUGUUUCAAUUAUACAUGUAAAACUAUCCAAAUUUUUUAAUGACCAAAAACUUUAAUAUUUUGAUGUAAAUUUGUAUUUUCUAUUAAUUUAUUAUGUAAUCACAACAAAAACAUACACACACAUUUCUAGUGUUUUCAGUAAAAUUUAACAUAACAUUUAUCUUAAAGAUGAUUUUGAAUUUCCAUCUGUUCUGACCUCAUUCCAUUUAUUCUGUGAUAUAAAUUUUUUUUGUUUUAAAUCUUAAGACUUUCUUUUCAAUUAUACAUUUGAUGUAUUUAUGGAAGGUUAUUACACAGAAUAAAACAAUAGAAAUUUAAUUUUAUUAUUUGUUAAAUCGGCGCCGACUUUUUGUGUUUAACUUAAUAAUGUGUUUGCAAAAUUGUUCCGAAACAUUGUAAAUAAAAGGCAUUUAAUUGCUUUUUUUAACAAAUUUAAAAUAUUUUUUUUUAUAAAACUGUAAAAAAAGAAUGUAAAUACAUUUAAUUGCAGUAAGAUCAUUUCACCAAAUUUGACAUGAAUUAUCAAAAAACAAAGGAAAAAUGGGGUUCUGGUCACUCUACUUCUAAUAAGAUAAACUGUGAUUUGAGUGUUUUUAAAUUUAAACCUCUUAAAUUAUGGUGGAACCUUGAUUAUAACAUAAAUGCCGUUAGUUUGAUGACUGCCGACACUUCAAAUAUAAUUUUUUCCGAAAAUAAAUUUUCUCACUCGUUACCCAUUAGCAACAACAAACGUUAUAUCAUUUGGACAAUUUAUUUUUAAAUUAACUGACAUCCGAGGAUUGAACUCCUCAUUAAACUGGAUAAUCAGGGUUCUAUUAUAUUUUCAAUCAGUUGUCCACAUUAUCACUAAAUGUCUUUGGCCACAUUAACGAUUAAAAAAAAGUAAUGCCAUUGUGUGAUAUCGUUGCAUUUUCGAUGAGUUAAAUCCAAAAUAGUCGUCUUCUAUUUACUUUAUCAUUUGAGAAAAAUGAUUUAACAUUUUUUUAAUCUCUAAAUUUAAAUUUUAUAUAUACCUUAUAUAUAACUUUUUAAAAUUAUACAUAAUUUGGAUAUUUGUUUACUAAUUAGAUAAAUUUUAUUAUUAUAUUAGCUAUGGAAUCACUAUUUUUUUCCUUGAGAGUAUACUUUCUAAUCAAGGCAAAAAAAAUUUUUUUUAUCAUGUAUUUGCUUGUUAAACUCUCAAAAAAAAGGGCAUAAAAAUUCUUUCAUUUGUUAAUUUAUGCAUUCUUCUUAGUUUUUUAAUUAUUUAACAAUAUAUAUAUACAUACAACUUAUGUGGUAACUAAUUGUGAUAGCUGGAUAUGCAUGUAGACUGCGAGGCAUUUGUCAUACAUUUAAUGUAUGAGGCAAGCACAAGUUGGUAUUAACAAAAUAAAAAAAAAUCCUCUUCCCUUUCCUCCCAUUUAUAAAAAUGUGAUAGCUGUAUAAAAUGUGGAGAAAAUAACAAAAUAGCACUUAGAGUUGUUUACGUUACUUGGAAUUAAAAAAAUGAUACCGCUAUAGUUAUGCAUUAACCCAUAAAUAUGAAUUUUUAGAAGGCUCAAACUGUCCCAACUUCACAAUGAUUUUGAGGUGUAACGUUCCAUUUACCGUUAGAAUACUGUUUAUAUUCAUUUCUAUGGGAUGUUAACGAUCUUUCUGCAAUAUAACAAAUUCCUGCAAGUCUGACUUCCAGCUAACUCUUCCAAUAGAAUGUCAAGUGCCAUAAGGUAUUCCUAGUUAGGUUUUGCAAGAUUUUUUUCCUUUACCGAAGCUAUUUAUUUACAAUGCAGAGGAAAUUUUGUUUGAUUUUAUUGCUAGAAUUUAAUAUUGUUUUUGUUCAUUGUUUGUAUUCUAAUGUUACUUUAAAGGAAAAAGAUUUCAAGUUCUGAGAAUAAAGCCCAAGAGCUUCUUGAUUUUUCCAAUUUUUUUUUUCUGUAUAAUUGUUGAUAAUGUAACUGUAUGUAAAGAUGUACAUAAUAUACAGUUGACAAUGAUAAACUUUAUCUUUUAAAAUUAAACACUUUUUUAGAUUAAAAAUAACAUAUUAAACAAAACUCAAAUAUUCUCUUUUUGUUUUAAUAUUUUUGUUUCCUAUUUUCUUGUACAGUUUGUACAUUAUAUGCAAGAAAGAUACUAACGUAGUUCUGAAUUAAAUUUUCUUCAAACUGUGAUUUUCAAUGCAAUCGAGUACAUAAUUCGACAAGGUGUACAUGUUUUUCAAAAUUGAUAUUUUAUAUAUUUUGUCUGAUAAAGAAGAAAAAAUGAAUACGUAUUAAAUAGUAUUAGUUAAAUGUUUUUUUCUUUUUGCUUUUCUGCCAUUUCUUGCUCUCACGAUUAAUUUAGGCUUUGAAGUUUCUAACGACAAUUCCCGAUCUAACGAACAGACUGUGAUCUUCCGUUUAGAUUUGUUAGCAUUAAUUGUCGGUAGUGCACCAAAUAAUAUGUGGCAGUCAACUCUUGAUUAUCUUGACAUAGAAGCACGUUCUCUUUUCCUAUCUCCAAUCGUUAAGCUACAAUUCCAAAGGUAUUUUCUCGUCUUACUUGCGUAAAUUGUAUUUCCAUUAUCUUAAGUAAUGGAGAGUUGACUGUGUAGCACGUUAAAUCAGAAAAUGUUUUUUUUCCCUGAGUUGUGUUAAUGGUUCUCGUAAACGUUCGACGAUAUUCCUAAAUAGUAAAUUUAGAUCUAGUUUUUAUUUCAUAAAUUCCAAAUUUAUUAAUAGUCUAAUUAAAAAUGUAAAAUCUAAAUUCUAUUUUUGUGAAUGGGGAAAAAAAAUAAUAAUAAUUUUAGCAUUUAAAAUUAACUCGCUCUCACCAGGAAAAUUAACGUAUCUAAUUCGGAUUGCAACAGUUGCUCACAAUUAUUUUUUCUGUAAUUCGUAAUUAAGAGUGCAGUUUCUGGUAGAGGUUAUCUUUAGUAUUUCGGUGUAAUAGUUAUUAAUCUAAGGCAGCAGUUGUCACGCAGAACAUAUCAUGACUCAUUACUUGUUUUCUUUUUGUUUCCAUAUUCGUCCUAUGAACCAAAUAUGCUGUGUGUAUUCACGUAUAUGGUAUUAGACUGACAACUAAUAGUCUUUUAUUCUUUCUGCUAAUUUGGGUUAUAAAGUUUUUAAUUAUUAAAAAAAAAAAAAAAAAUGAGCUAGAGAUUCCAUUUUAAAAAAAAUUUCUGCACAAAUCUUAACUGAUAAUAGUUGAUCAAUUAUAUUAAAGAAAUUUAAAUAUGUUUGUAUAUUAUAGCUUAUAUAUAUGUGUAUAGCCUAUAUAUGCAAUAGUGGCAUUCUCUCUACCAUCAAAAUUUUCAGAUUAAUCAAAUAGUUUUUUAACCAUUUUAUCUGUUUACUUAAGUCUUUAUUUGCAAUAUUAUUGUUCAGAAUAAAAAAAAAAAAAUACCUAACUAUAGUCAGAAUCUAGAUGUUACUUUGUCAUUUGGUGUAUUUACAAUUCAAACAAGAAAUAAAUGGCUUUUGUAUAAA